CUUCAUGAAACCCCAAUCAUGAUUCAUGAAUCAAACCCACAAAUUUUUCUUGAAGAAACUUCAAUGGCAGAAUCAAAACCAGACGCAUCACACACUCCAUCUGAAAAAGAUGUGAAAUCACCAAACAUAUUGGAAAGAGCUAAGGAAGAGAUUGAAGCUAUAGGUCACCAUGAUAAAUCGCCACGCCACACCAAGGAAACACAUGGGACUAGUGAUGACAUUGAUGAGAGCACUCCAGUUGAUGAAGUGAAAGCUCCAGGCGUGUUUCAAAGAUUCAAGGAAGAGAUUCAGGCCCUUGUCCAAGCAGUUCGUCCUAAGAAAGAAUCUAGUAGUUACAAGUCUUCUUCAAACAGGCCUUUUGCUCCUAAUGAUGCUCUUCCUCCAGCUGCUUAUCAACCAGGCCAGAAUCCACUCAACUCAGACACAAAGAUGAACUCAAAACAGGGUACCAAGAACAUAAAUGAAGAAGCGUAUUCCAAAAUAGGGUCAACUCCACCAAGCUGUGUGCACAAGUGUUAUGGGUGCAUUCCAUGUGAGGCCAUUCAAGUUCCCACCACCAGCAAGCACAAGAAGAGCCAUUAUGGCAUUCAGUAUGCAAAUUAUGAACCUGAGGGAUGGAAAUGCAAGUGUGGCCCUUCUUUUUACAGCCCUUAGGUUUUGCCAUCACAUAUAAAAUAUUUUGCUCUAAAUGUAUCUCCCUCUUAUUGUCAUUCAUCUCAUUGUACAAAAACUCAACUUGGCAAUAAAUUAGCUCUUUGA